AUGGGACUUAUGGUCCAACCCGCCUGUACCCCUGGGACUUAUGAUCCAACCCGCCGGUACCCAUGGAACAUGUGGUCCAACCCGCCGCCUGAACCCCUAGGACUUAUGGUCCAACCCUUCGGUACCCAUGGGACUUAUGGUCCAACCCGCCGCCUGUACCCCUGGGACUUAUGGUCCAACCCGUCGGUACCCAUGGGACUUAUGGUCCAACCCACCUCUACCCAUGGGACUUAUGGUCCAACCCGCCGGUACCCAUGGGACUUCAACCCGCCUGUACCCCUGGGACUUAUGGUCCAACCCGUCGGUACCCAUGGGACUUAUGGUCCAACCCACCUGUACCCAUGGGACUUAUGGUCCAACCCACCUGUACCCAUGGGACUUAUGGUCCAACCCACCUGUACCUAUGGGACUUAUGGUCCAACCCGCCGCCUGUACCCAUGGGACUUAUGGUCCAACCCGCCGGUACCCAUGGGACUGCAACCCACCUCUACCCCUGGGAUUUAUGGUCCAACCCGCCGAUACCCAUGGGACUUAUGGUCCAACCCGCCGCCUGUACCCAUGGGACUUAUGGUCCAACCCGCCGGUACCCAUGGGACUUAUGGUCCAACCCGCCGGUACCCCUGGGACUUAUGGUCCAACCCGCCGAUACCCAUGGAUCUUAUGGUCCAACCCGCCGCCUGUACCCAUGGGACUUAUGGUCCAACCCGCCGGUACCCAUGGGACUUAUGGUCCAACCCGCCGCCUGUACCCCUGGGACUUAUGGUCCAACACGUCGGUACCUAUGGGACUUAUGGUCCAACCCGCCGCCUGUACCCCUGGGACUUAUGGUCCAACCCGUCGGUACCCAUGGGACUUAUGGUCCAACCCACCUGUACCCAUGGGACUUAUGGUCCAACCCGCCGGUACCCAUGGGACUUCAACCCACCUCUACCCCUGGGAUUUAUGGUCCAACCCGCCGGUACCCAUGGGACUUAUGGUCCAACCCGCCUGUACCCAUGGGACUUAUGGUCCAACCCGUCGGUACCUAUGGGACUUAUGGUCCAAACUGCCGGUACCCAUGGGACUUAUGGUCCAACCCGCCUGUACCCAUGGGACUUAUGGACCAACCCACCUGUACCAAUGGGACUUAUGGACCAACCAACGUACCCACGGGACGUGGUCAAAAAAAAAGUUGACCAAACCAAAGGUCGACAACCAAAUUAG